AUGGAGGAUGCUGAGGUGGUAACUGGAAGGUUGAUGGAUGGCGGCGGCAGGACGGCGAAGGAGCACCGAGCCCCUCGACCAGAGCCCUACGCGUCAGUGUCAAACUCGAACAAUCCACAGUCGUCGCCGGUCCGGGAUUUGCUGGAGCAGCUGCGGAGGCUGGGAACUCCUUACCGUGAACUCCGGAAGCUUUCGCCACCAGUAGACCGCUUGCGUGAGGAUGUCCGCGACGGCACGAAAAAGAAGGUGGCGCAGGAGUUGCGGCUCCAUCGCUUUGGCGACUCGUUGACACAGGCGCAGGUGAUCCCGGAUCCCUGUCGAUGUGUUUGUCUCUUCAAAGACGAGGGAGACGGGUCCGCCGGAAAGCCGUCCAAUGCUCCUUCCGGCGGCGACUUUUUGCUGGGUCGCUUCGAUGUGUUGACAUGCGGAGCUGUCGCUGACUUUGAUGCCAACUGGAAGUAUGUCCGGCCAGGUAACACGCCGAAGCAACCCUUUUGGGUCAUCCACGCGGCUGCACUGAACAUCGGUGAGAACGAGUUUGCGACGGACUUCUACGACUACUCCAACGAGAAUUCGAAGCUGGACUUCGUCGCCUAUGUCGAAGACAUGGGGCGGAUCUACGACAACAUCUUGCAAGCCGCCGCUGCUCUCGGAGUGUCUGACCUCAUCUUCUUUCCUUUCGGUAUGGGCGCCUUCCUCCGUAACUUGCACAAGCUCGAUGGCAGGUAUUGCCAGGACGACGUGGGCCUUGCGAACUUGCGGCAUGCCCUGGCAAAGCGAUUCGUGAAGUCACUGGUGGUGGCGAAAGUGCCGUUUGUUGUGCGGCUUUGCAUCGCGCCGAGUGGCAAAGGGGACGAGCUCGAUGCGAAUGCUGUCGCCUUUCUUCAAUCCAUUUUGGAAGGGAUCCAAAAGGGCGUCGGCGAUAAAGCAAUGCGCCUGAAGCCGUCAUCUGUGGAGAUCCUGCUGAACGCGGAUGCCCUGACAGUUGCCCAGCAGUAUGCCAACGACCGGCGGACAGUGGGGUUGGUCAAUGGCGCAAACCGUCGCCUCAUCGGAAACCAUUGGUUCUCCCAUGGUGCCCGCAUGGCCAUUGACGAGAAUCUCCACAGACGCAGCUGGCGCAUGGCAGCCACAGCCUACCUUCUGAACGGCGGAGCGGAGGUGUCGAGGCGUCAUCCUAGCGCCCUCGCAGAAGCGGUGAAGAGGCUCGGGGGAACUGUGCAAGAACUUGCGGCAAAGAGCGGCAGCGAUGUGAAGGCCAAGAUCCUAAAGCUCUUCCGCCAAUACGACGAGUCUGGCGAUGGGCGAAUCUCCAAGGCAGAGUUCGUGAAGAUGCUCAUGCGCCUCAAUCAUCAACAAGACGACAGCGAAGCGAUCUUCAAGCUUGCGGACACCAACCAAGAUGGUUUCGUCUCAUACCACGAGUUCGUCUAUUGGCUCUACGGGCCAAAGCACCCGUCCCUUACGUCGGCGGGGGCCCGAUGCUGA